AUGGACUUUGGCGACGAUUCUCGCACCGGCUCCGCGCGAGACGAUGGCGAUGGCGGCACGCUGAGCAAGCAGCUCGGCAACAAUGGCGAUUCCGCGUCCUUGGCCUCGCUCAUGAGCACCCUCCUACCUGUUCUCAUCUACUCAGCCGUAUGCCUCAUCAUAUUCUGGUUCUUCCGCAGAAAAGUCCAACGGGUGUACUCGCCGCGGUCCAUCAUGCACAGUCUGUUUGCAGAGGAGCGAAGUACACCUCUUCCGCAAGGAUGGUUCAACUGGCUGAAACCCUUCUGGAAGCAAGGCGACGACUUUGUUCUGAACCAUUCAUCCUUGGAUGCCUUUCUGUUCCUACGAUACCUCAAGGUGCUCUCACUCAUCUGCUUCUUCGGUUGCUGCAUCGUCUGGCCUGUGCUCAUGCCUCUGCAUGCAACCGGUGGAAAUGGCCUGACAGAGCUGGAGCGCGUGACGAUCGGCAAUGUCAGCGAUCCUAACACAUUCUUCGCUCAUGUUGCCGUUGCAUGGGUCUUCUUUGGUACUGUCCUCUGUUGCUUCAUUCUCUUCACCAUCUAUCGCGAGUCGAUCUACUACAUCAACCUUCGCAACGCCUACUUGCUGUCGCCAUACUACGCCAACCGACUAUCCUCUCGCACCGUUCUUUUCCAGUGUGUACCGCCAGCUUAUCGCGAUGCUGCACGCCUUCGCAAGGUCUUUGGUGACUCGGUGAAGCAUGUUUGGAUCCUCCGAGACACUAUCGAUCUCGAGCACCUCGUCGAUGAGCGCACCAAGACCGCCACCCGCCUCGAGAGGGCCGAGAUCCAACUCAUCAAAAUGGCGGAUCGCGCAAGAAGGCGCGGUGAGCGCGCCGCACCCGCUCUUCCGGAGCACCUGCUUCCGCCAACCGACUCGCCUCACCAUCCCGCGGCAGCCAUACCCCUGGCACGCCUUCUGCGCCUCCGUCCCCGAAGCUUUCAGAAGAUCCAGAGAAGCACGCAGGCUUCCCUCAAACACUUUCCCGACGUCAAUGGCUCUGUUGCCGGGCAAUGGAUCCCGGCCGACAAGCGACCCCGCCAUAGACCCCUCGGGAACUUCCUCCGCAGCGUCGACACCAUAAAGUGGACGAGACGCCGCCUCAAGGCGCUUAACCCUGCCAUUGCCAAGCUGCGGCGGAAACUUCACCGCGGCACCGAGGGUAGACCAUUGGAGUCGGUCUUCAUCGAGUUCGCCACACAGUCCGACGCUCAGCGCGCAUACCAGACGUUGGCCCACGAUAAACCCAUGUUCAUGUCGCCACGCUUCAUCGGCAUCCGGCCUGACGAGAUCGUCUGGGACUCUCUGCGCAUGAACUGGUUCGCUCGCAUGGCGCGACGCUUCGCCAUGCUGGCGGCGAUUGUGGCUGCCAUUAUCUUUUGGUCCAUUCCAUCGGCUUUCAUCGGAACAUUGACCAACAUCGAAAAGCUGAGCCAGAUGGUCUUCUUCUUGGAAUGGAUCAUGCUACUUCCGAAGGUCGUUCUCGGGGUCAUCCAGGGCCUACUGCCUGCCUUGGCGUUGUCGUUGCUGAUGGCUAUCGUGCCAUGGAUUUUGAGAGGAUGUGCUCGCGUCGCUGGCGAACCUUCGCUAUCCGAUAUUGAGCUCUACGUGCAGAGCUUUUACUUCGGCUUCCAGGUGGUCCAGGUCUUCCUCGUCACGACCUUGACGUCGGCCGCGUCCGCAGCCUUCAGCCAAAUCCUCAAAGACCCCCUCAGCGCGAAAGACCUACUAUCCGAAAACCUCCCGAAAGCGUCCAACUUUUACCUCUCCUACAUCCUCAUCCAGUGCCUUGCCGUUGGCGCUGGCAACCUUCUUCGCCUCUACGAUCUACUUCGCCAUGGCAUCAUGGCGCGCUUUGUCCAGAAUCCCCGCGUGAAGUGGCGCGUCUGGAAGAGGGUGCGCCCUGUCCACUGGGGAGGGUGGUUUCCCGUCUUUACCAACAUGGGAGUCAUCGCCAUCAGUUACUCCUGUAUCGCACCAGUCGUUCUCGGUUUUGCCUCUGUCGGCAUGUACGUCAUCUACCUCGUCAGCAAGUACAACCUGCUGUUUGUGGAGGAUUCAUCCAUCGACACCCGUGGUCUUUGCUACCCACGGGCUCUCAAGCAUCUGCUGUUUGGCCUCUACCUUUCCGAGAUCUGUCUGGUCGGCCUCUUCGUCCUCCGCUCCGCCUUUUACCCUAUGAUCUUCAUGAUCAUCUUCCUCAUCUUCACUGCGCUCUUCCAUUACAGCCUGAGCGAGGCCCUAGCCCCUCUGUUGGCCAACCUCCCCCGCACUCUUGCGCUCGAGAUCGAGGAGCUCAGCAGGACCGACGACUUCCCUUCGCCUGGUCUGUCCGACGUCGGAGUGGCCGACUCCUCCCCUCACAUCUUUGGUCAAGACGGCGACGAAGACGAAGAAGACGACGGUCCGGAACACGUCACUCUCGGCAACCGAGGGGGCUCCAAUCCAGGCCUUGAAGGCAGCGCCACGCUCGGCAGGACGUUCGCCAAAGUCUCUUGGAACGCGUACGUCAAGGCCGUCACAGCCCAGCUCCACAAGAUCGGCCUCGGGCCGGUCCUCGAGCGCAUCGACGCCAUUAUCAGGCCAGAAUACAGCCCAACCCCGAAUCCGGUCAUGCGGUUCCUGCAUCCUUCAACGUUCGACUCGUUCGCGCACCUGCGUGAACUGAUCCCCAAGGAUCUUCCAGACCCAACAUCGACAUACCCCGAAGACUACGUCUUCAAGACAUAUUACCCGCCCGAGAUGUGGGAGCCCGCACCGAAGCUGUGGAUCCCCAAAGACGAGGGCGGCGUCAGCGCGCAAGAGGUGGAGCAUUGCGCACGGUACGGCAAGGUCGAGGCCACGGACGAGGGUGCCUGGCUGCAGGAGGAUGGGAAAGUAGGGUGCGAGGUCGAGCAGGCACCAUUCUGGGAGGAGAGGGUGCUCUACUGA